AUGCCCCCUCCUCUUGUGGGCCAGAUCUCAAGAGGCCCCACAGGCCUGUGCCGCCUGGACGCGGUGGUGAGGAAGGACGAGGGUUCCUGGCCCCCUCCGUCGCAGAGAAACCCGCGGACUGCCCAGGCCUCCUCCUCCUCCUCCUCCCAGGGGUCCGCUGGCUGGGGCGCUGACAGGAGCGCCCACCGUCUCCCCAGCCCGGGCGCCACCGGGAAGCCCGUGCCUCAGUGGUGUGCAGAGUACGCUCUUUCGCUGCAGUUUGCCCACGGCCAGGUGGUCUGCACUCAGCCCCACAGCCUGGCUGCCUUGAGCCUGGCCUUGCGCGUGGCAGAUGAGAUGGACCUCAACGUGGGCCACGAGGUGGGGUACUGCAUCCCCUACGAGGACUGCUGUAUCCCGGAGACGGUGCUCAGGUUCUGCUCAGACGAGGUCCUCUUGCGGGAGAUGACCUCCGACCCACUGCUGCGGCAGUACGGGGUGGUCGUGCUGGACGAAGCCCAGGAGCGCACGCUGGCCGCUGACCUGCUCCUGGGGCUGCUGAAGGACGCCCAACGCCAGCGCCCGGAGCUGCGUCUCGUCGUGGUGACGGAGCCGUCGAUGGAAGAGCAGCUGUCCCGCUUCUGCCAGGAAGCCCCGCUGGUGCGGGUGCCCCUGCUCACCCCAGCCCCCCGCCUGACCUACCGGGAGGCCUCGCCUCAGGGCCCGGUGGCCGCGGCCUGCCAAGCCGUGCUGGAGCUGCACCGGCAGGAGGAGGAGGAGGCGGCCGGGGACGUGAUGGUCUUCUUGGCCAGCCAGCAGGAGAUCCAGGAGUGCUGUGAAGCUCUCUGUGCGGCCGCCGCGUCCCUGGACCCCCGCCUGGGCCCCCUCCUGGUGCUGCCCCUUCACCCCGGCGUGGGGCGACAGGCCCAAAAGCUGUACGAGACGUUGGAGCCGCCGGCCGGAGGCGCAGCGCGCCGGGUGAUUGUCACCCACUGGCUGGCAGACGCGGCCUUCUCGGUGGGGAGCGUCAGGCACGUCAUCGACACGGGUCUGGAGCUGCGCAGUGUUUACAACCCACAGAUCCGUGCUGAGUCGCAGGCCGUGCGCCCGAUCAGCAAAAAGCAGGCGGAGGCUCGGCGGCUGAGGGCGGCGGGGAGUCCCGCGGGGACCUGCCUGCGCCUCUACGCGGAGUCCUUCUACGAGCACAGCCUCCCGGCCCUCCCCCCGGCCCGUGUGACCGAGGCCAACCUGAGCCGCCUGGUCCUGCUGCUGAAGAGGCUGGACAUCGCGGACAUGGGCCAGUGCGACUUCCUCGACCGGCCAGCCCCGGAGUCCCUCAUGCAGGCCCUGGAGGACCUGGACUACCUGGCGGCCCUGGACGACGGCGGCAGCCUCUCCGAGGUGGGCAUCAUCAUGUCGGAGUUCCCCGCCGACCCCCAGCUGGCCAAGGCCCUCCUGGCCUCGUGUGAGUUCGACUGCGUCCAGGAGAUGCUCACGCUGGCGGCCAUGCUGGCAGAAAAUUGCCCACCUACACUCCCCUUCACCCUCAUCAACGUCUUCAAUGCCUUCCUCCAACAGAGCGACCCCGAGAGCUGGUGCCGGAAGCACGGCGUGAGCGAGGCGGCCCUGCAGCUGGCCCGGGCCGUGCGGGCGGAGCUCCUGGAGGUCAUGGAGCGCAUCGAGCUGCCCGUCUCCCCGCCGGCCUUUGGCACAGAGGACAACGUCCACCGGGUCAAGCAGGCCCUGCUCUCGGGCUUCUUUCUCAAGGUGGCCCGGGACAUCGAUGGCUCCGGCAACUACCUGCUCCUGACCAGCAAGCACGUGGCCCAGCUGCCCCCCACCUGCGGCUAUCGGCUGCGCCAGCCGCCCUCGCGCCCUCCGCCCUGGCUGCUCUAUCACGAGUUCACCAUCUCCCUGGACAACUGCCUGAGCGUCGUCUCGGAGAUCAACCCGGAAAUGUGA